UGCUGCUGAGGCAGGAAGCUGGGCUGACUUACAGGAGGAAAACUAUUUGGGGCUUAUUUGUCUGAAGUGACCUGAGCUAAUGGCUGCAUUGUGCAGCGUGUGGCUUCUGCUGGUUUGCAGCAAAGCUCUGGCAGAUAAUGUACUGGAUGGCGGCAUGCUGUAUCCUAGGGAAACUCCAACAAGGGAGCUGAAGGAACUCAAUGGCAUCUGGAGUUUUCGGGCUGAUAAAUCUCCCCAGAGGGAUGAAGGCUUCCAGCAGCAGUGGUACAAGAGACCCCUUAGAGAGACAGGUCCUGUGAUAGACAUGCCAGUGCCUGCCAGUUUCAAUGAUAUCACCCAGGACAUUACCUUGAGGGAUCACAUCGGUUGGGUCUGGUAUGAGAAGGAAGUCUGGCUUCCAAGCCGUUGGGUGGACGAUAAAACCUCUUCAAGGGUCGUACUUCGUGUUGGAAGUGCCCAUUAUUUCUCUAUUAUAUGGGUCAAUGGUGUUCAAGUCACCCAACAUGAAGGAGGUCAUUUGCCAUUUGAAACCAAUAUAGCAACCCUUUUAAAGAGUAGUGUGGGGGCCCCCUGCCGUAUCACCAUUGCAGUCAACAACACCUUAACCCCCAAUACUUUACCUCCCGGAUCAAUUCAGUACAUGCAAGACUCGCAGCUAUAUCCAAAAGGAUACUUUGUCCAAAAUAUAGCAUUUGAUUUCUUUAAUUAUGCCGGUAUUCACCGUCCUGUGGUUCUAUAUACAACGCCUCCUGUCUAUACCGAUGACAUCACUGUUAUUACGGACAUUGCGGGUGACACUGGAUUCAUAAACUACCAAAUAUCUGUGCUUGGUUCAAGUUCCUUUUCUGUGUCCGUGACUUUACACGACCAAGAAGGGCAAGAGGUAGCCACAGGCUCAGGAGCUAUUGGGCAACUCAAAGUGGUGGAUGCAAAACUUUGGUGGCCAUAUCUGAUGCAUAUAGAUCCUGGAUACCUUUACUCUUUUCAGGUGAAGGUGUCAGCUGAGACGGACCUUGGUGAUUUUGAAGACAUAUACACUUUGCCUGUGGGAAUAAGGACUGUGCAAGUUUCAGGAGACCAAUUCCUCAUCAAUGGAAAACCAUUCUACUUUCAUGGAGUCAACAAGCAUGAAGAUUAUGACGUGAGAGGAAAAGGAUUGGAUUGGCCUCUUAUCAUUAAAGAUUUUAACCUAUUGAAAUGGUUGGGCGCCAACUCUUUCCGAACCAGCCAUUACCCAUAUGCAGAAGAGAUCAUGGACCUUUGUGAUAAAUAUGGAAUUGUGGUGAUAGAUGAAUGUCCAGGAGUGGGCAUCAAAGAAGAGGAGAGCUUUGGGAACAAGUCCCUAAGCCACCAUUUAGUGGUUAUGGAGGAGCUGGUGCGUCGGGAUAAAAACAGGCCUUCGGUUGUGAUGUGGUCUGUUGCCAACGAACCAGCCUCGCAGCUGCCACUGGCCGGUUAUUAUUUUAAAACCGUUAUUGCUCACACAAAGGCGCUUGACCCUACAAGACCAGUGACUUAUGUUUCCAAUGCUAACUAUGAACGAGACCAUGGGGCACCAUAUGUGGAUGUAAUAUGUGUUAAUAGCUACUUCUCUUGGUACCAUGAUCCGGGCCAUCUGGAGGUGAUUCAGCUACAACUCAAUAACCAGUUUGAGAGGUGGCAUGCAAUGUACAAUAAACCAAUGAUCCAGAGUGAAUAUGGAGCCGAUACUAUCCCUGGAUUUCACAGUGAUCCUCCACUAAUGUUCACAGAAGAAUACCAGCAAAUAGUGUUACAGAAUUAUCACUCCGUGUUUGAUCAGAAGAGGGGAAAGUUUGUUAUCGGGGAACUGAUUUGGAACUUUGCAGAUUUUAUGACUGCACAAGGGACUAUUCGAGUUGUGGGAAACAAGAAGGGCAUUUUUACUCGUCAGCGUCAACCCAAAACUUCAGCAUUUCUUCUGCGGGACAGAUACUGGAAACUGGCCAAUGAAACUGGCUACUUGCUCAAGCCUCCUAGGUUUACGGAUUCUAGGUGGAAAAAUCACAUCACACAAGAAGUGUGCAUGAGACAAGGAACAAUAACUGCACUGUUUGCCAAAGAAACAGAAAAUUCCUAUUGCUGAAAAGGUGAAACUUCAACUGGAUUUAACACAAAAUGAAAGGGUUAAUCACACACUUUAUAAUUGGGGUGAAAUAUAAAAUACAUGUUAAUAAUAAAAUAUAUUUUUCUGUA